AAACUAGGAUACUCUAGUACUGUAACACAUAUGAUGGUCAGAAUAACACCAUAGACAGCCAGUCAGAGAAGUGUAAGGGAUCAGAACUUCACCAAGAUUACGUCAGGCACCACUCAAGAUUACAACAGCCACCAGCCGAGAUUACGUCAGUCACCACCACAGAUUACGCCAGUCAUCAGUCAAGAGCGUCACUCAGCACCGUCAUACCAUGACUGACUUCACUUCCCGCUCACCGCCCUGCACUUCUAAACAGAAUGCUCCUGAAUCCAUCAUGCAGUACCUCAAAUGUUCCAUUUGUAUGGAUGUCCUGAAGGAGCCUGUCACUACCAACUGUGGUCACACCUUCUGCAAGCCCUGCCUCAAUCGCCACAUGAGCACUAAUAACCGAGUCUGCCCAUUAUGUAAGAGUCAGCUGCCUGAAUUAAAGGUGAAUAUUGUCUUAAAAGAAAUCCUAAAGGAGAUCCAAAAACCCAUGGCACGAAGUCCAGAUGAGUUUACUGGACAACCGGGGGAGGUGCCCUGCGACGUCUGCAAUGAGGAUCUCAAGCAUAAGGCAGUAAAAUCCUGUUUGUUAUGUUUGCUGUCAUUUUGUAAAAUACAUCUUAAGGGGCAUACCAAAUUGCAUGCCAAAGGGCAUAAGCUAGUAGCACCAAUGAAUGACCUGAACCAAUGGGCAUGCUUGGUCCACUGCAUGCCUCUAGAGCUCUAUUUAGUCAGUGAGGGGAAGUUAAUCUGCAGUCGCUGUGUGCAAGGAGGAACAAAUGUGGUGUAUGUGGAAGAAGAAAGCGACAGAAAGAAGGCAGAGCUGGAGACUCUUAUCAACAGGAUUGAACAGGGAAGACAGCAGAGAAUGGAGAAUGCGAAGAAGUUGGACAAUUCUGCAUCAAACUGCUUAAACCUGAUUGACCAGGAAACAAAGGAAAUUAAAAAAGUUUUCAAUGCCAUAAAGAAGGUAAUACAGAAGGCAGAGGAUAAGGCACUAAUGCCUUUAAAAGACAGAAGGAAGCAAGUGGAGGAGAGUGCAAAUGACCUGCAAUGUUAUUUGACUGAAAAUAUCAACGCUUUGAGUAAAACCAUCUCAGACCUACAAACACUGAGAAACGAAGAAGACCCUGUUUUCUUUCUACAGAGUUAUCCCUCAACUACCGCAGUAGAUGAUGGCAGUAACUGGACUUCUGAUUCCUUGGAUACUGAUUUGAGUUUUGGCACAAUAAGGAGCUCAAUGGUGACCAUGAUGGACGAUAUUAAGGACGAGUUUGAAAAACUCUCCAGAAUUGAAAUUUCGAGGAUUAAGAAAUUUGGAGUGAAUGUGACUCUGGAUACAGACACAGCUAACAAACAGCUCCAAAUUUCUUAUGACAUGAGGCAGGUGCGAAGCUCUGAGGAGGAAAGGGAUGCACCUGAUUGCCCUGAGAGGUUCAAUACGUUCGGAAGCGUUUUGGGACAGAACCGGCUGACUGACUGCAGGGCAUUCUGGGUAGUAAAGGUUGGAAACAAACAAGGUUGGGAUAUUGGUGUGGCAAGAGAGGAGGCCAACAGAAAAGGGUUGCUCUCCAUCAAACCAAGCAAAGGAUACUGGGUCAUUGUGCAUUAUGACGGCAACAGUUACAUAGCUCUGGAAGACACUCCCAUUGUUUUAUCUCUUUCAAAUAUACCCUGUAAAGUAGGAGUGUUCGUUGAUUAUAGCGAGAAGUUGGUCUCCUUUUAUAAUAUGGAAGCAGAAACUCAUAUUUACUCAUUUACUGACUGUGCGUUCGGAGAAGUAAUUAGACCCUACUUUAGCCCUCACAUUAAACAGGAGGAGCCAUUGGUUAUUUGUCCUGUAAAUACCAAAAAUAAUAUCCCGAUUUAAUGGGGAAGGGGAUUUUUAAGCAACUAUGAAUGAACUUUACAGAAUGAACUUUAAUUUCAUGUAAUAUUGUGAUUGUCCUGCCAUUAUUUAAAUUUAAAUGCAAUCCAUCUGGAGUUUUUAGAUUUUAGGUUUUUUUUUUAGGAUUUUUUAUUGUAAAUUUGCAAAUAUGCAACAGUGGAUCUGAAUUUUUGCUGAUUUGUUAAGCAAUUGUAAAAAAAAAAAAAAAAAAAAAUUAAACAUAAAUUUAAAGCACAUUUAUUUGUAUAAAUCCAAAAGAGUGCAAGUUGCUACUAAACAGAAUGUUUUUUCUAGGAAAUAUAUUUCUAUAUAAAAAAAAUUUUAUUUAGGCUUCUUUUUUUGUCAUUCUGUUAAUGGAAUGUUGAUAUUGACUGAUCAAGGCCGUCUAUGACCCAUUCAAUCUGUGUUCAUCCUUGGAUGGUGAUUGGCUUGUGGUUGGCUUUUGUUAGUAACAAAGCAGCAUGAGAUUAUUUUCUCACUCAAUAAUUAAGGGAUAAUCAGGUUCAUGUUAAUAAGGGAUCCAACAUACUGCAGUGUACAUUAUAAUUGUAGUAGUACAAAGCCUCAAAGAGUUAAUGAUGUAGUAGACAGACAAUUAGCAUGAAAGCUACAGAUUUGAAACCUUAUCUAUUUGAACAGCAUGGUCAGGAUGUAAUAAGGUUAAACAAACAAAUGGGAUGUUUUUCUUACCAAAACAUUCAAACACACAUUCGGCUUUCUGAUAACCGCUGAAUAUUUUGCAGCAAACAACCAAAAUUUAAUUUCAGAUUCUUACUUUAUUUGUAACGUACACAAUCAUACACAGAACUAAAUGCAGUACGAAUAGCUUUUCACAACUGUCUGUGAAUAAAAAGAAAUUAGGAUAAAGAUGAACAAGUUUUAAAGUUUUAUGUUUUAAAAUAGAAUUUAGAAAUAAAAUAAGAUUUAAAAAAUUUAAUAAUAAUGAAACAAUGUACAUCCAAUGUACAUCCACAAAUUGCAUUGUGGGUAAUGUAGGAAACCAAAGUGAAUACAGUAUGUAGAUGAACAAAAUAGAAACUAAAACAUCAAAUCAGAAUUUCAGAAUCUUGGCGUUGUUUAUUGAAUGUUUUUUUAAUGAAUACCACUAGAGGGCACUCUAGCUAUAUAAAGGACUUGUAAGUUAUUUCACUGUUUUUUCCUUCAACGCUACAGAUGAUUCUUCAUGAAGGAGCCAAAAACAAGGCCUUCUUGGCAUCUAUCUAUCUUGUUUUGUUUAUUUUUCUCCUGAACUUCAGAAUGUCCUCUUUUCUAAGUUAGUUUCAUGACCACAAAAUAUCUCUGUAUAAUAAAUUGUCUUAAAAAAAACUUA